AUGCACUAUUCCAAUCGCUGGGGCGGCUCGUUCGAAAUUCAACACGAUGCUCCUGCGGAGGACCAGCAGAGCAGCAACAUGCAGUUUGAUCCGCCGACGCCGCGGCGCCGGAAAGAGCUCGUCGAGACGCAGCUCGGGUGGCUUCUUUCGCAACGGCAGUACAGAAAGAAGAACAAGGAAAACUGCGCCGAGUUUUGUGUUUCUGUGUGCAAAAUGAAAUGCUUGCGGCGGGUUCUUCUCGCUGCGCUGAUCGCUAUUGUCGUGACUGGAAUUUCGAUGAUUGUUGUGAGAAGAAUGAGAAUGACGAACCGAGAAGAACCGGCCCCGAAGACAGACAAUUAUACAGUCGCGCUUAGCGUCGCCCUCCAAUUCUUCAAUGCACAGAAAUCUGGCCACCUAACGAAGAGCAAUGCCUUGCCUUGGAGAGGGGAUUCUGGACUGCAAGAUGGAUCAGAGCUAUCGGAUCUGAAAGGUGGACUGGUUGGAGGAUAUUAUGAUAGCGGAAACAAUAUGAAGUUCCAUUUUCCAAUGGCUUUUUCCAUGACACUGCUAAGCUGGUCAGUCGCAGAGUAUGGCCCCAAAUACAAAGCCAUUGGAGAAUACAACCACAUCAAGGAUAUUAUCAAAUGGGGCAUUGAUUACUUGCUCCUCACCUUCAAUUCCUCUGCCCCAUCUAUAAGUAAAAUGUAUAGCCAGGUGGGAAUUUCGCAGAGAAAUUCGACCAGUCCGGACGAUGGAUAUUGUUGGCAAAGGCCAGAAGACAUUAACUAUCCCCGACCCGUGCAAACUUCCACUUCUGCACCAGAUUUAGCAGGCGAGGUGGCUGCAGCACUAGCUGCUGCAUCGCUUGUGUUCAAGGAGGAAAAUGCUUACUCCAAAAGGCUUGUCCAUGCAGCAAAAACAGCUUACAGGUUUGCCCAAGAGACGGUGAAUAAAGCACCGUACUCCACUGGAAACCAGAUGAUAGCACAGUUUUAUAAUUCCACUGGCUACUGGGAUGAAUAUAUAUGGGCUUCUGCUUGGCUAUUCUAUGCCACAGGAAAUUAUAGUUAUUUGGCAUUUGUGACUGAUCCAAACAUCUAUAAGAAUGCCAAUGCCGACCUCAAGAAGCCAGGUUUCAGAGUUUUUAGCUGGGACAACAAGCUUCCAGGUGCCAUCCUCCUUUUGUCGAGGCUUAGGAUCUUCUUGAAUCCAGGCUACCCCUUGGAAGACAUGCUCGGCAGGUUUCAUGCCGACACUAGUAAGAACAUGUGCUCUUAUUUGCGCCAAUUUCGUGUUUUCAACUGGACUAAAGGAGGGCUAAUUCAACUGAACCAUGGCAAACCAAGGCAAUUGCAGUACGCUGCAAAUGCAGCCUUCCUCGCAUCUGUUUAUGCCGACUACAUGAAAGAAAGUAGAGUUCCAGGAUGGCAUUGUGGAUCCUUUUACUUCAACAUAAGCUCGCUUCGCAGUUUUGCUGCCUCUCAGGUCAACUACAUUCUAGGAGCAAAUCCAAAGAACAUAAGCUAUUUGGUAGGGUUUGGAAACAAGUUCCCAAAGAAUGUUCAUCAUCGUGGUGCUUCUACACCUCACGACGGCCACAAGUACCCGUGCACUGGCGGAUGGAAGUGGCGCGAUUCUGAAGCACCCAAUCCUAAUGUCAUAACAGGGGCCAUGGUUAGUGGACCUGACAAAUAUGACCACUUCUUCGAUACUCGUACCGACGGAGAUUACACCGAGCCAACACUGGCCGGCAAUGCUGGACUUGUUGCUGCUCUGGUGGCCCUGGCAAAGAGCAAUGGCAGUGAGGGCAUUGACAAGAACGCCAUUUUCUCAUCUGUGCAACCUUUUUUCCUCAAUUCACCCCCUCCCUCUGCAUGGAAACCAUAA